ACACUUGUUCCACAAUGUCCCACAAGCUCAGAAGGUCGUUCAUGCAGAAUUGGUUUGCCGUUGAGGCUAUUCCUAUUUGGACGGUCGUUGGUUUCGUCCUCGUAGGUGGUGGGUGGUUCAUGACCCGUCUUGCCAGAGGACCCAAUGUUGUCUGGUCAAAGGCUAACCCCACGCCGUGGAAUGACAUCAAGCCUGAUGAGACACCCAAGAUGAUGACAGUCAAUCAAAAAUUCGACAAGAGCUGGAGUAGAGGUAAACUUUGAUAUUACACAUCGUCUCAUCGACGAAGGUAUGAAGGUGGCGCAAAGUAGCAUGUAUUCUUUGAGACUAGUUUGAACCUGAGGAGCUUCUAUCUG